CGCUGAACAACGCAACCAAAUGUGAGAAAAUUUGCAUGGGUCAGGUAAAUUCUGACAGUACGUGCCUCAGUCAGUGGGUGAUCGUGAAGAACGUCUAACAUGGGACUAGCGGCCUGCAUAUGCACCAAAGUGCUCCAGCUGAUUGCCACAGUGGCUGCCCUGAUUGUGAAGAGACUGUCGGACAAACAUUCGGAGAGGGUGUUUGCCCUGAACAAAAAACAGUCCAGGGAAUGGACACUUCUGAACAACAUCUCCUGGUCGAAGGAAGGCGACGACUUCAGCACUCUCACCUUCGUGGGCUACACCUUCAUCUCAGCAGUUUUGCUACUCACAAGAAUCAUCGAUUCAACCUCGAACUACAGCACUUGCGAAGUAGUUCUGUUGACCUGUGGAGUUCUGUUCUUCACUAUAGAGGGACUGCUCAUAUUCUUCACCGUCGAACAACUGCCCGAGAAUCUCCUGAUCUACGCCUACGUCUUGGGAAGCCUGUCUUUUAUCUGUGCAGCGUUGUUUGCUCUGGACCUGCUGCUCUUCAAGAACUUGCUCAAGCUGAAGAACUCCACGGCGCAAACAGAUCAGCUGAAGGAAACAGUGGCCCUAAAGGUGUAUAACUUGUCCCAGGAGCCGAGGACAAGCUGCUGCAGCAGUAGUCCCCGAACUCACAUCGUCAAUGAAACGAACAAGAACUACUUACGGACGGAUUUAUAGAGCCCAUUCAAACAAAUCCUUAUACAUAUCUGCAUCUUUCGUUACCUUUAUUGCCGUUGCUUUUCGAAUGUAGUGAAACAAAGUAUGCUUUAUAAGAUCGUGCUGUUAAGACAACUAAUUGGAUUUCGUAUGUUAAUAAAGUUUUGGACAUUAAUCAACGCUAGAAGCGGCCUCAACUAAUACACAGAA